AUGAAGUUCCAAACAGUUAUUUUGUUAUUACUGGCUAUCCAAGCUGCAGUCGCGUCCCCUUGCAAGGCGCAAUGCAAGUCGGACGGCUGUCUAAACGGCCUUCUUGCAGCGCAGACUUCCGGCAAAGAUGACUGCAGAUCUAUUUUUUCGGCUACAACGACGCCUAUCGUGACCGAGACCUCGACCAGCUCCCAAGUCACCGUCAUCCAAACAUCGCGUGCCCCGGAAAAGCGCCACGAGUUCAACAUUCCAGAUUACGCUGCUGCUUGUUCCAACCCAGCGCAAUACAUCUCAGCAUGCUCCUGCGUUGGGGUCACGGCACUCGAGACCACGACGACACCCUCUACCGUGACUAGUACUACCACCCCGACCAGCACCACCACCGAGGCGGAAUCUUUCCCAAUCUACACAAUACUUGUCGUUGCCAACUAUCCCACAGAGCAGAGCAGCACCAACAUCUAUGCCUCGAGCAUAUAUACCGCUGGAAUGUUUUGGACGAUGUCGUUACAGAGCUCAAGAGAUAACGCCGUAGUAUGGGCCUUGUAUACCAAGGACGGGUCCCUACAGGCGCUCACAGGUUUGGGAACUAGCUCGUACAACCUCUACACGAAUUAUAAUACAGCAGCUGGUAUUGUGAGCUCAGGAAUCAGCUUGGCGCCAGAUACUUAUCUUGCUGCCUUCAAUAGCCCAAAGGGGGUCUGGUCCAUGGAUGCGGCACACAACUUGAAGUCUCCCUGGAGCGGUGGAGGGGAUGCUGCCUUCUGGGCGUGCAAUGGUCGUCUCUAUCGAACCGAGCCGAACUACGACUUCACUACAGAAUGCACCACCGCCGUCAAAAUCACACUCUCGGCUAUUAUUCUUUAG